CUCAAGCUCGACAACUUCCCACCUCGCUGCAGCGAACAUCACUAAGCAUGGCGGUCGACAAUUCCCUGGAAGCGCUGCUCAGCACGCUCACAACCUCAAUCCAGUCUGCCACCGAGGCAAUUCCCAAAGAAGACGUUCUCCCACCCAAAGAGGGCAUCUCGUUACUCGACGUCAAAAACGAGCUACUCCUUUCCUACCUCCAAAACCUCGUCUUCCUUAUCGUCCUCAAGCUUCGCGCACGAAAGGAGGAACAAGAACUAGGGCCACAAGAUGAGGUGGUGCAGAAGCUCGUAGAGCUACGAGUUUACCUCGAGAAGGGCGUGCGCCCUCUUGAAAACCGCCUGAAGUACCAAAUCGACCGCAUCAUCCGCGCCGCAGACGAUGCCGGACGAAAAGCCACGCAAAAUAGCAAGGCUGUAAAAGCGAAGCCGUCACAGGAAGACGCCGAUUCGGACGCAGACACCAACGCCAGUGCCGCGGAUUCCGACGGCUCCAUCAGCGAGAGCGAGAAGGCGGAGAUAUCUGGACCCAGGCCUGGCCGCUUCGCGCGCGACAAGGCAAGCGCCACGAGCAAGGCUGCGGCGUCCAAGGACGGCAUCUACCGACCUCCCAGGAUUGCCCCCGUGUCUAUGCCCACGACCGAAGGCCGCGAGGAGCGGCAAGCAAGACGACCUGGCAAAUCCGCGACCCUCGAUGAGUUCGUCGCGACGGAACUCUCUGCUGCCCCCAUCGCACAGCCCAGCAUUGGAAGUACCAUUGUCGACGGCGGUCGCCGGUCAAAGUCUGACCGCGAAAGGAAAGAAGAGACUGAACGACGAGAAUACGAAGAAUCAAACUACGUGCGUCUUCCUUCAGCCUCGAAGAAGGAAUUGGCCAAGCAGCGCAGCAUGAACCGCGGCGGCGGAUUCGGUGGAGAAGAGUGGCGGGGGCUCGGCGCUGGGUUGGAGCGCAUUGAGCGCUUGACACAGAAGAAGGGUGGGCGCUCGGGUACGCUGGAGAAAAGCCGGAAGCGCCCGAUUGAGGACGGGCCGAGGGGCAGUGGGUCGGCGAUUGGAGAUGCGUUCGAGAAGCGGAGGAAGGUGGUCUCCAGGUAUAAGAAGUAGCGCGAAGCGUCCAGUAGUGCAAUAUGGAGAUGGAGACUUAGAUAGCACCAAGUCAAAGAGCCACGUGCGAAUGUUGAUAGAGAUAAU